AUGUUUUUCUGGGGUUCUGUGGGUUCUUUGCUGCCCUUCUUAAAACUAGGCCAUCCUCCAAAAGUCUUGGCAUCACUGUGCGUGCAUUUGCACUCACACCUGGCUGCUGCCAUUCCUGAGCAAGCUCUGCACUGGUGGUGCACCAAUCCCGCAGCUGAAUAUACCUUAGGAGACAGUCAGAGCCCUGAGAUUCUUCAGUACAAGACUUCCAUUAUUGAAAGCUGUAAGUUUGUGACAGAGUAUAAUCGUCUAUCUAAUGAAUGUGUGGACCUGGCUGGUUAUUACACUGAACCAUUGAUCAUUCAGAAGAGCAAAGAGCAAACUGAGAAAAUCUGUCGUCAACAUGUGAGGUCUGUGCACACUUCUGGAUCAAAACCACCAUCUCAGCUGUUAUCAAAUCACAAGAAUCAAAGCAUCAGAAUAGACCAGCUGUUCAGUCCUGACAGUGAUGGAAACACACAGAAAACUGUCAUUCUCAGUGGAGAUUCUGGGAGAGGGAAAUCCUUCAUGUUACAGAAGAUCAUGUUGGACUGGGCAUCUGGAGUACUUUACUCUGAAAAAUUUGAUGUAGUUUUUCUUUUGAAGAGUGAAGAGCUGAAGUGUAUUUCUGAGGAGAUGAGCUUGUUUCAGCUUUUGAGCCGGAGUUGCAGUUUAGCAAUGGAACAGAUCUCACAGAUACUAGAUUUAACACCAGAGAAAGUCCUCUUCCUCAUUGAUGGAACUGAUGAGUAUGUAUCUCAUCCACCCCUUCAUUUAAUGUUACUACACACUAAUCCAUUCAAAAGAGCGCCACCUAUGGUCAUUCUUAGGAACUUGUUGAGGGGAAUCUUGCUGCCUGAGUCUUUCCUGCUGGUUACCACCAGAUCACAUGCUGAUGCAGUGAUGAACCUCCUCAAGGGUCCUCAGCGUUUCACUGAGAUUAUGGGCUUCUCUGAGAGAGGGGUGCAGGAGUACUUCCAGAAGUUCUUUCAGGAUGAACAGCUCUUCAGGAAAAUGUAUGAGAGAGUGAAGAUAAAUGAAAGCCUCCUGACUGCCUGCUCUGUGCCUUUGCAGUGUUGGAUGAUCUGUUUUUGUCUGAAGAAACACUUAACAGGUGAUGAUUGUGUGAUGAGAGAACUAAAGACAAACACCUCCAUAUAUGUGCACUUUGUGUCCACUCUACUGGAGCAGCAUGACCAGAGUCAGUCUGUCCUCACCAUGCUGAGGAGUCUGGGUCAGCUGGCAGAGAGAGGAAUACAAAAUCAACAAGUCUUUUUUGAUGAAAAGCCUGUUGCUGAGACUGGCUUAGAUGCCUCCAUUUGUCUGUUUUUGUAUAAAGGAAGUUUGAAAAGAAAAGAAAAACAAGUUUCAGUGUUCAAGUUUAUCCAUUUCAGCUUUCAGGAGAUCUUCGCUGCUCUUUAUUAUGUCUUACUGGAUGAAAAAGAGCACAGCUUAAAAGUUAGUGAGCUGUUUAACUUGAUGGAAUGGGAGGCUAUAAUUGACAAGCCAUCUCCAGAUUUGAGAGAAAGAAGAUCAAUUCCCAUACCUCCGGUUAUACUGUUCCUCUAUGGUCUUUUAAAUGAAGAGGUGAGCAGCUCAUUCCUUGAAAAUAUUGAGUGGACUGUUCCUCACACCAUUAAACUAAAGAAAAAAGAAAUGAGGAAAACCCUCAAGAGAGCUGUUGCUUUGAUGAUACAGCGGUAUGGAAUUGAGUUGUUUGCUCUCCACUGUCUGCAUGAGCUUCAGGAUAAGAGGUUUGUGAGGAAAAUAUUUAAAGUUUACAAGUCCAUGGAUCUCUGUAACGUUUCCCUGAAGAGCACAGACUGUUGGGUGCUGCUGUACUGUCUUCAGUGCUGUCCAAACAUCAGAGACCUGUACCUCAUGUACUGUGAUUUAACAGCUGAGAAACUCAAGAUUCUUCAGCCAGCGUUCUGUAUGUGUGAGAAUCUGAGGUUGACAGUGGACUACCUCUACGAUGUUGGGGAGUUGAUCCAGAUUCUUGGUGAAUCAAAAAUCUUGAGAAAACUGAAAGUUCAAGAGGAUGAAUACAGUGCUGAGAGUCUCAUAUGGUCACUUGACCUGUCAGUCACACAUGAAGAUGUCUUGUUGUCUUUGAGCUCCUCUGAGAAGAAUCCGUCAUUUCCAGGAGUCUUAAACAUCACACUUACAUGUCCACAAUCAGAGAUAUCCAGCACUGACUGGUCACUCUUCUUACAGAGACUCAGCAAGACAGAAAAAGUAGCAGAAGAUUCUUCAGCUCUUGAUGAGCAUGUCAGUUUGCUGCUGUCUUCAUUUCACUCUGUGGGUUUGAAGACGUUGGAGCUGAAGCUGGUCGUUCUGAAUGAGAGCUGGCUUUCUGGGAUAAUUUCUCUCGUCCAAACCUGCACCAGUCUACAGCAGCUCAGUGUCAGUGUCACUGGAUUGCUUUUGGAGGAGGGGCUCAUGUUACUGAAGAAAUCACUGACAGAGCCACACUGCACUGUGCUCAUUGAAGGGAGGAAAUGCAGUAAACUCACAGACCAGUGCAAAGAACAGGACUGGAGUCACAGCUGUAAUGAGAAAGUAGAGAUUCACUUCAAACCAAAUAUAUUGAAAGAGCUGGAAGAGCUGAACAACUCAGAACCGUCUGGACUGAAUCUUCAGCCGCUCCCAGUGUGUCAGUCUUGUGUUCACAUUGUUGACUCUGAUCAGUGGGUUCAGGUGGAGCCGUCAGUCUGUACAGAUGAAGGAGGGUCAGAGUUCAGGAUCAGCACUCCGGCGGGUCGAUUCGAGUGCAGCAGGACCAGAAUGCGAUGGGUCUGUGCUGGUGACAUCACUCUCCAGUAUCGUGCAGUGGAUGGAGGUUUCCUCAGUGAAGAGCUGGAGAGGCUUCAGUGUGAGAGAAUUGGUCCUGUGAUUGAUGUGACAGUGAUCUCAGGGAAACUGGAGGAGGCCCAUCUACCUCAUUACACCUGUUUAGCAGAGUCAGACCCCUCUCUCACACAAAGUGUAAAGGUCCUCAAUAUUGAAGAUGAAGGAAUAUCCUUGGAAUCAGUGGAGCUGACUCGUUUUCAUGCUAAAGUACUCCAACCAUCUUUUUCUCCUAAAACGGUGCUUAUGAAACUAGGCAUAGCAGUGAAAGUGCACUGUGAUCUAUUUAUCUUCAUGACACACAAAGAUCCCAUCAUUCUCCAUGUGUAUUUUUUACCAGUAGAUUCACUUUUUGAAGAAAAAAUUAAAAUAGUGGAAAAGUCGAGUCAUCAAAUCAGUCUUUCAAGACCUGAAACCCCAUUACAGAUGAAUAAACAACACAGUCUUGAUGUCCCUGGUGCUUCUGUCCAACCCAAAGCAAUCAAACUAAGAGGAGACAUCAAGCCAAACUUCUUUGAGGUCAUAAAUCCUGUCGAUGACAUUGAUAUGACUCUUAGCCGAGUGGAUGAUCAGAAAUCAGUAUGGACCUCAAAAAUUUACAAAGCUUUGUUUGGAUCCAUGCUGCUUAAUUCGGAAUUUAAUUUGUUUCCAAAAGUGGCUGUCAACUUUGAUAAAGUUAAUUUUUUUGAUAGAAACUGGCAUACUUUUAUUAAAAGUGUUAAAAAUGUGAAUAACAUUGCAGACAACCUGCUUCAGAAGCAAAUCAUUCAUGAAGAAUUAUAUUCUGAAAUCACACAUCCAACUUCAACCAGUGAAGCCAGCAUGAGGAAGAUCUGCAGCAUAGUGCGUAAAGGUAGUGACACUGUGAAAGAAAUGUUCAUCUGCAUUCUUCUGGAGGAAGAUCCCAACCUUUUAAAUCAUCUACCUUUACCCGACUCUUAAACUUUUGUGCUCGAUGAUUAUACAUUGUAUUUUGCAUGAUUUGGGUAAUAAUGUUAACUACAAGUGACCAAUGCACUGGAGAGCUCACCCUACUGUACUUUUGAAGAACAGUAUUUAAGUUACUUCUGGAAUUAAAGAACAUUUAAAUGCUCUGCUUGCCUGUAAAAAUUAGAUUUAAACAACAGACUGUUGCAAAACAUUUUCUUGUCUUAUAAAGACACUGAACAAGGUUAAGUUUUUCUGUACAGGUUUUAUUUCUACACAGCUGUGUUGUAAAUGUUACUGUAUCAACCACUUUGACAUAGUUUAACUUUUAUCAUCUAAAUGUGACAUUACAAAAAAAGAUAUUUUUGUCACAGAUACAUAUACUAACUAGAAGGUAACUAGUAGUGUUAGUAACAAUGUUAUUUAAAUAAAUACA